AAAUGUGUUAGGGGACAUCCAGGAGACUGGCCUUCAAGGACCAGGGUUGUCUGUGCGGAAAGGACAUGUACAGGUGCCCCCCUCCCUCUCAGACUGGACCGGGGCUCCGCAGGGCCGGCGAGUGACGCGCUCGGGGAGCUCGCUGCCGACGAAAGGGGGCGGAAAUUACCGAAGGCGAGAGCCGAGCACAACAGCUGUUGACUUCCUGGUCGCGAUUUGCAUCCUAGCAGCCUAGCGGAGAGGGGGUUUUGUAUGUGGCUCCCGGCCGCAGACGUCGAAGCCGUGAAGGGGAGAGCGCAGACAGGUGUUGGGGCUUUUAAAACAGCUGACGAGCACACCCCCGAUCCCGGCAGUGCAGCGGGGUUUAGGAGCUGGGAGCUGGGAGGCUCUGUGCCGGAGCGCUAUGCACCAUCCCUGUUGUCGCGUCUAAUUGCAUCCCGGCGACGGAGCUGGGGCGCUGAAGGGGCAGCAGUCGUCACCGGGCUGGGACAGCGAGGCAGACGGGGUACAAUCCGAUUUACUUCCGAGUGAAGGUCUCAGCCUCGUAGAUGGCGUCACAUUCGAGGGUGUCUAUCCUGGAUUACUUCAACAUCGUCUUCGAGGGGGAAAAUGGCAAAAUCGAGUCCAACUGCAAGGCGUGCGGCACCAGGAUCCAGGCGAAAAGAACAGUAACGUCCAACUUCGUGACCCAUCUCAAGCGCAAACACCAGGCCAUGUACGACGAGUUCGUCAAGAAGAAGGACAUCAAGAGGGAGGCCUACAGCUCGGGGGGCGUGCACCUGGCCCCCAGCGGCCGGGCGGAGCCGCCGGCCCGGCCCUCCCACUCCCACUCCCACUCCCACACGCACUCGCUCUCGCUCUCGCUCGGGACCGGCGGCGGCGGAGGCGGAGGCGUGGCCAAGUUCGAGCGCGGCGACCCCCGGCAGGCGAUCAUCUCCGAAGCCAUCGCCAAGAUGAUCAUCCGGGACCUGCAGCCGGUGCGCAUCGUGGAGAGCGAGGGCUUCCGGGAGCUGCUGCGCCUGCUGGAGCCGCGCUACACGCCGGAGUCGCGCAAGUACGUCCAGCAGCAGCUGCUCCCGGGGUACGCCUACCAGGCGCAGCUGGCCAGCAAGCAGGCGCUGCAGGCGGCCGAGUCCUGCAGCGUCACGCUGGACGUGUGGCGCAGCGGGCCGGCCAGCGGCUACCUGGGCGUGACCUGCCACUUCAUCACCAGCGACUGGCAGAUCAAGUCGGCUCUGCUGGCCUGCCUGCGCCUGUCCGGCCCGCGCACGGCCGAGCGCAUCCUCCCGGAGUACGACGAGAUCUCCCGCGCCCACGGCAUCGCCGGGAAGGUCUUCCGGGUGGUGGCGGACGGCGGCUCGGACAGCAGGGCCUCCUUCCGCCUGCCCGGCUUCUGCCUGCAGAGCGGGGACGAGGAGGAGGAGGAGGACGAGGACGAGGACGAGGAGGGCAGCGGGGACGAGGAAGGGGGCGGCGAGGGCCUGUGCCUGGGCCCGCGGCGGGUCGCCUGCUUCGCACGCUCGCUGGCACGCUGCGUGCGGGACGGCCUGCGGGCCUCGCCGCCCCUGGCCCUGGCGCUCACCAAGGCCGCCUGCUUCCUCAACUACGUGAGGGCCACCGUGGCCCCCGAGAAGCUGCAGCCGGCGCUGGGCCGGGCCCCGGCGGGCGAGCGCCGCUGGAACGCGCAGCUCAAGGCCGUGCGCCGCCUGCUGGAGGCGGCCGACUUCCUGGAGGACGUGGCGGGCCGGCGCGACCUGGCGCUCGGCGCCUUCGAGAAGGCCGCGCUGCGCGAGCUGGUGGAGCUGCUGGAGCCCUUCGAGGAGGCCACGGACAUGGUGGAGGGCGACAAGCACGUGCCGGUCAGCCUGGCCCUGCCCUGCGUGCUCGGCCUGCGCAAGCACCUGGCCGAGAGCGCGCCGCGCCAGUGCGCGGGUCUGCUGGGCAGCCUGGCGCAGGCCCUGGACCGCCGGCUCGCCCGCCUGCUGGAGGACCCCCUGCACGUGACGGCCACCGCGCUGGACCCGCAGUUCAAGCUGUCGUGGAGCAGCAGCAGGGAGCAGCACCGGCAGGUGGUGCUGGAGGAGGUGUCCCAGCACGGCCCCAGCCCCCCGCCCAGCCAGGCGCCCCGGCCGCCCCCCUGCAAGCGCAGCAAGCUCUUCUCCUUCAUGAGGCCGCGGCCCGCCGCCCCGGCCCGCAGCCUGGAGCAGGAGCUGGCCGCCUACCUGCACGAGGACCCCACCGACGAGGACCCCCUGCACUACUGGAGGAGGAAGGCCGCCGACUUCCCGCAGCUCGCCCACGUGGCCAAGCGCGUCUUCACCGUCCCUGCCACCUCCACGCCCGUGGAGAGGAUCUUCGGCACCGUGGGCAGGAUCGCACGGCCGGAGAGGUGCCAGCUGCUGCCCAGGAACCUGGAGACGCUCAUCUACCUGAAGGCAAACUACAGGCUGCUGUGGACCUAAGGGCGCAUCAAGGCCUGCCUGUUCACGCUUUCAUAGUUAUACACAUGAAUACACACUUUUUUUUAGUUGAAUUAGACUGUCUGUUGAAAACGCAACACUAGUGCAUCGCAUCAAAGACUUGACUUUAAUCCGUGCACUUCGUAAUGAAAUCAACCCAAACUCUGCCAUGGCCACUAUACGUACUUUUGCAUUCUUAAUGCUAAUAAAUGUCCUGCCCUGCUGUAUGGGAUGGGGUGUGCUCACUGACUGCCAUCUCGGCUCGAGGGAAGAUUCUGGAAAGAAGAGGCGCCCGCUGGGGCAGCUGGGUAUUUUACUGGGUCAUUCUGAGGGUAGUCCAGGGAUCUGAACCCACAGCACUGCUCCAGCCUGCUGCCUGCUGCACACAUGC